AUGGCCUGGAACGAUAUAAUCGUUGAGGGACUGAAGAAGUGGGAUGCCUCUCUGGUGGCCUACGUCCCGGACAUUUCCAUUGAUCGGGUUACCACACUUAUUGAAGAGGACCCCUACUUCCACCUGGUUUCCGCCACCCGCGAAGAGGAAGCCAUCGGGGUGGCCGUGGGAGCCUACGCCACCGGCCGCAACUCUGCCGUAUUCAUGCAGUCCAGCGGCUUCGGCAACAGCAUCAACGCCAUUGCCAGCCUCUGCAUUCCGGCGCGCACUCCCAUUCCCAUAUUCAUGAAUCUGCGGGGCGGUCCUGGAGAAUUCAACAUCGCCCAGGUGCCUAUGGGCCGUGCUACUCGUCCCAUUCUGGAUGUGUUCGGGCUGGUCCACUUUACCCUGGAAGACGAAUACAACAUGGAAAAGAUCGUGGAUGGCGCGCUGAAACUGUGCUACGCCAACCGCCAGCCGGUGGCCAUCUGCAUGACCCAACUGUUGCACGGAGGCAAACUUGCUUAG